UGCGGCCCAGGCCUAGCUUCCGGCGUCAUUUAGCAGCGGCCUGGGCGCUCCGUGGUCCAAGCAAGGACAGUGCGGAGGGUGCGGCUGUACUGACUUAGCUACAGGCGCGGCCUGUGCCUUUGCUGAGGACGGCGUGCGGCGCGGAGGUGAGGAGCCGCUCUGGGACCGGCGAGUACCUGCCUGCCUGGCGGCUGCAUUUCUUUGUAAGCUGGCUGGGGACUUACCAGUUGCCUUUCUAGGCCACCACCCUCCAGGGGCCUGGACCAACCCUGUCGCACGCUCGCUGGGGAAUGAAGGAUGGCAGCACGCCGCGCAUUAAAGGCUGUUUUGGUGGAUCUCAGUGGCACACUUCACAUUGAAGAUGCAGCUGUGCCAGGCGCACAGGAAGCUCUUAAAAGGUUACGUGCCACUUCUGUAAUGAUUAGGUUUGUGACCAAUACAACCAAAGAGAGCAAACAGGACCUAUUGGAAAGGUUGAAAAAAUUGGAGUUUGAUAUCUCUGAAGAUGAAAUAUUCACUUCUCUGACUGCAGCCAGAAACUUGGUAGAGCAGAAACAAGUCCGACCCAUGCUGCUGGUUGAUGAUCGGGCCCUACCUGAUUUUAAAGGAAUCCAAACAGGUGAUCCUAAUGCUGUGGUCAUAGGAUUGGCACCAGAACAUUUUCAUUAUCAAAUUCUGAAUCAAGCAUUCCGGUUACUCCUGGAUGGGGCGCCUCUGAUAGCAAUCCACAAAGCCAGGUAUUACAAGAGGAAAGAUGGCUUAGCCCUGGGGCCCGGACCAUUUGUGACUGCUUUAGAGUAUGCCACAGACUCCAAAGCCACAGUGGUAGGGAAACCAGAGAAAACGUUCUUUUUGGAAGCAUUGCGGGGCACUGGCUGUGAACCUGAGGAGGCCGUCAUGAUAGGAGAUGACUGCAGGGAUGAUGUUGGUGGGGCACAGAAUGUCGGCAUGCUGGGCAUCCUAGUGAAAACAGGGAAAUAUCGAGCAGCAGAUGAAGCAAAAAUUAAUCCACCUCCUUACUUAACUUGUGAGAGCUUCCCUCAUGCCGUGGACCACAUUCUGCAGCAUCUACUGUGAAUCGCUGCCUGAAUCAGAAGCACCUUGAAAUGCAGCUUUCCAUCCUCUGCAAUGACUCAGUCCCUCAACAACUCAUUGCCGGCAUAGACAGGCGCGGACCACUUGGCACGACCACAACUUAACCCUCUUUUAUUGUGCAGUAAUCAGAAAGAAAGGUAUUGAAUUGCAGCCAGCCACUAAGCCUUGCUAAUAAUCCCUCUUGUUUUACUUCGUAAAAGAUGAGACCAGAGAAAGGGAAAGCUGAGAUUGUGUGCCAUCCCUCUUAAAAUACUCAUCAGGUUAGCAGGGCUGGAGGGAGAGUCUACUGCAGAGUCUUGUCCGCUGUCUCCUCAUUGGUCAGGUGCGGGGGUGGGGUUUCAGACUGUGAAUGAAGUCGAUUACAGCUGCACUGAUGGGUGCAUUAGGCUGUAGUUUCAAUAUCGAGUUCAACUGAGAAAUCCAUCAGAAGUGCCAAGUGGAACACAGGACAGAAGAAGCAAGAGAAAUUGUCCUUUAGCCCAAGUGAUGGAGUGAAUAUGCUUUAACGGCUAUUGAAAACUACAUUAGCUACUGUGUUAUUCCCAGCACGGGUGACUUCUUUUUCUCUUCAUUAGCCAGAGAUGACUAAUUUAAAUUUAGAACCUGAUUUUAAUUUAAUAUUUCCAUUAAUAAUCUAUUCAUUGCAGAUACCUAUUAUACUGUGUAACAGUUGUUUUGGAAAUUUUAUGUAGAAUUAAAACUAUCAGUAUUUUACAGAUGUUUUAAUUAGACAUUGUUAUUAACAGGAACAGUGCAGAAACUAAAAUCAAGCCUUUAAUGUCUUAUAGACCAUGCAUUUUUGAGGUUAGUGUCCACCAGAGUCCUAUUAACUGUACAUUUGCAAGAUUUCAUUAUUUUUGCCUCUGACACUAUGGGAGAAAUCUUUUAGAAGCUAUUGGGACAGAUUCAAGCUUUUAUGUACUUGGUUACUACGGCUGUAAAAUGAAAUCUCGUCUUGUAGCGUG